AUGUUUAUCAUGAACGACCACAAGGGUCGGCUAUUCUUUCGAUUUGCUCAACUCCAUUGUAGAAGAAAAAGUGUGAGACAAGUGACAAUUCAAGAGACAUCAAACAAAAUUUCUCGAACACCCUUAGCUGAUAUUUUUCGAGAGCAGCUCAACACAGACACAGAAUUACAUCUCACCAAUGGCAAGCGUGUAAAAUGUCACAAAACCGUUCUCAGUUCCAAAGUUCCCUUUUUUAAAGCAUAUUUUUCAGGAACUUGGAAUUCUCAUGAUAUUUUUGGAGAAGAAUUGGAAUUCAUCAUUCAUUAUUGCUAUGGAUUUGUUGAGAAUGUUCCCAAUCACUUGAUGAUUCCUCUCAUUAAGAAAUCUCAUGAAUAUGAAUUGAAGGACUUGUUGAAAACUUCUCUCUCCGCAUUGUCUUUUUCAAUUUCCAAUUUCUUUGAACAUGCACAACAUUUAGAAGAUUAUUUAGAUGAGCCAUUGUUUGAGGAUGUGAAAAGAAAAUUGAUAACAUUUGGCAUGGAGAAUAAGAAUGGUCUGUUCACCAAAAAGAAUUUGGAAAUGUUAAGAAAGAUUCCAAAAUUGAAUGCUGAAAUAAUGGUCGAAUGGGCCAAACAAUAG